AUGCAACCUGCUGCAGCGGCCUCCUCGCCAUCCAAGAAGCGUGACGCUUACACGCUAUACAAACCGACAGACAAGGUCAAGCUGAAGAAGGUCAGCCAGACGCCUUUGAACGCCGACAAGCGAGACUUCACCAUUCCUGGCUCGAAUGGUGCAAGCGUCUUGACGUUUUGGUCGAAGGAAACGCCAGCGGACACCGACAGCGUUCUCAUCACGAUCCAUGGGAAAGAUCGCAACGCGGCGGACUACUACAACACCUUCCAUACCAUCUAUCAGGAGAACAAGGGCAAAGGAAGCGCGACCGACAACAUGGCGAUCGUUGCGCCUCUGUUCUUUUCGACCAUCAAUGAUGCGGGUGUCUACUCGGACACGGAGCUGGGGUAUGGAGACUCUAAUGAAUGGGAGGCAGGGGACGCCAGCACGCAUCCGGUUGGGGCACAGGUUAGCACUUUUGCUGUGCUUGAUGCACUAGUCAACCACUUUACGGAUGCAUCUCAGUAUCCUAAAAUGAAGUACAUAACCGUUGUGGGACAUGGUGGUGGGGGCCAAAUGGUCGCACGCUACGCAGCUCUAGGCGAAGAGAAUCCUGCUGCAGAUAGGAUCAAUCUGCGCUACGUUGUUGGCGAUCCAUCCACUGGUCUAGCUUUUACAGACGACCGACCCACAAAAGUCGAUCAACUUACAUGCCCAACUUGGAACACAUAUCGAUACGCAUUAAAUGCGUACACACCAGGCGCAAGCUACCCUCUUCCCUUGAACGGGGACCCUGCUGCACUGUUCAAGCGCUUUAUCGCUCGCGAUGUCCGCUAUGUGAUCGGAGCUGACGAUGACAAUGAUAGAAAAGGAGACCAAUCCUGCAUGGCUCAAGCGUGGGGCGGUGGCGAACGACAACGACGUAACCAGGCGUAUUACAAGUACAUCUGGCUCCUUGCUGGAGGCGAUCCUGGCCAAGUCUCGGCCUUCUUCGGCAGCUUUCCUGCGCUCGGCACGGCGCCCGACAAGAGUGUUCCGCAGAGCACGCCCGACAAGGUCUCUGCGUUCAGAGGCUGGCCUUUAACCCACAAAAUUACUUUUGUGUCCGGCGCGAAACACAACGCCGAAGCGGUGUAUUCGUCGGAGAACGGCAGCCAAUUUCUUUUUGGUGAUCGUGCGUCGCUCGUCAAUGGUCAACCCAGUUCAAGCAAAUGGAAAGUGGACGCCGUAAAGCUGGACAGGUUGAAAUUAACUUGA